CAGCCCAUCCUCCCACAGAACCACGAGGAGGAGCACCCAGGAGGCCCCGCCCCCUGCAGCAGGCCCCGCCCCGCCCCGGCAGUAGGGAGCGCGGGAACCCCACUGUGGCCGCGCCCUGGGGCCCCGCCUCUCCCCAGGAGGGAAAAGGCAGCCGCCAAGGCCGGGCUCACAGGCACUGAGACCCGGAGCCCACGAGAGCAGAGGACCCGCGGCUGCUGGCGCCACUUCAGGCCCGUCAUGGACCCCCAUGAGAUGGUCGUCAAGAACCCCUAUGCCCACAUCAGCAUCCCCCGCGCGCACCUGCGGCCCGACCUGGGGCAGCAGCUGGAGGCAGCGCCCUCGUCCUCAGAACCUGGGCCCCUGCCACCGGGGCCCUGCACCCCAGAACCCCCCUGCUCUCUGCAGCUGAGCGACGCCAAAGGUGCUAAGGGGGCCAAAGGGGCCAAAGGGGCAACCCCCCUCCAGGGCCAGCAGACUUGGCAGCCCUCCGGCAACCCCUACAGCAGCGGGCAGCGCCAGGCAGGACUGACGUAUGCCGGCCGGCCGCCUGUCGGCCGUGGGGACGAUAUUGCCCACCACUGCUGCUGCUGCCCCUGCUGCUCGUGCUGUCACUGUCCCCGCUUCUGCCGCUGCCACAGCUGCUGCGUGGUCUCCUAGCCGGACAGUGGGCCCGGACAGGGGUCCCUGCCCUUCCCAGGCCCCCGUGGCAAUAAAGCAGCAGGAACUGUGUUCACGGUUGUUCUCUGUGGCGACGCCUGGG